UGGGGGCGCGCUCCCCGCGGCCAGGGUCGGGAGCCUGCGGGCAUGAGCAGCGGCUGCUGCGCUCCCCCUUCUCCCUCUGCUCCCCUUUCUCCCCGUGCUCCCGCUCCGCGGCCUCCUUGACCCCUUCAGUCAUCCCUUCCUCUUAUCCUUCCUUGCCUCCUCAGAGCUUUCCUUCUCCCUCUUGUCCUUCUGUCCUGCACUGUUUCCUCAUCCCUCCUCUGCCCUCCCUUCCAGGUCCCCCAAUGCAUCCUCCCCUUGUGUCUCCCUCCGGUCCGGUUCUCCUCCCUCCAGCUGGCUCCUGCUUUCUCCACUUUCAUCCUGGCUCUCUCCUGCCAACUCAGUGGCUUCCCAGAGCAGGAAAUGCAAGGGACAAGUUGGGAAAUGGGGAUUCUUUAUCUUUGUUCAGGAGCCUAAGGUUGCUUGCUGAUCACAAGAAGAUGUUUCUGUGGCUCUUUCUGGUUCUGUCAUCUCCAGUUUCUUCUACAACUGCAGAUGCUGAUAUAUCUGUGGAAAUUUGCAAUGUUUGCUCCUGUGUGUCAGUUGAGAAUGUACUCUAUGUCAACUGUGAGAAGGUUGCAGUCUACAGACCAAAUCAGCUUAAACCACCGUGGUCUAAUUUUUACCACCUCAACUUCCAAAACAACCUGCUAAUUGUUCUAUAUCCAAAUUCCUUUCCUAAUUUUACACAUGCAGUGUCCUUGCAACUGGGUAAUAAUAAGUUGCAGAACAUUGAGGGAGGGGCCUUUAUGGGUCUUAGUUCAUUAAAACAGUUGCACUUAAACAACAACGAAUUAAAGAUUCUCCGGGCUGACACUUUCCUUGGCAUAGAGAACUUGGAGUAUCUCCAAGCUGACUACAAUUUAAUCAAGUUUAUUGAACGGGGAGCCUUCAAUAAGCUUCAUAAGCUGAAAGUCCUGAUACUUAAUGACAACCUGAUUUCAUUCCUUCCCGAUAAUAUUUUUCGAUUUGCUUCUCUAACCCAUCUGGAUAUACGGGGGAAUCGAAUACAGAAGCUUCCAUACAUUGGAGUUCUGGAACACAUCGGGCGAAUCGUCGAACUGCAGCUGGAAGACAACCCCUGGAAUUGUACUUGUGAUUUGUUGCCUUUGAAGGCGUGGCUGGAGAACAUGCCCUAUAACAUCUACAUUGGAGAGGCGAUCUGUGAGACACCCAGUGACUUGUAUGGAAGGCUGCUGAAAGAAACCAAUAAGCAAGAGCUGUGCUCCAUGGGGACAGGGAGUGAUUUUGACGUGCGCAUCCUGCCUCCCUCGCAGCUGGAGCCCGGGUACAGCACGCCAAACGGCCACACCACUCAAACAUCAGUGCACAGAUUAGUCACAAAGCCGCCCAAGACUACAAAUCCUUCGAAGAUCUCGGGGAUAGUAGCAGGCAAAGCGUUCUCGAAUCGCAACCUCAGUCAAAUCGUAUCUUACCAGACCAGGGUGCCUCCUUUAACUCCUUGCCCGGUCCCUUGUGUUUGCAAAACUCAUCCUUCAGACUUGGGAUUAAGUGUGAAUUGCCAAGAAAGAAAUAUAGAGUCCAUGGCUGAACUCGUACCAAAACCUUUAAAUGCCAAGAAACUGCAUGUAAACGGCAAUUACAUUAAGGAUGUGGAUACUACAGAUUUCUCUGAGUUUGAGGGGCUGGAUUUGCUACAUUUAGGCAGCAAUCGGAUUUCAGUGAUCAAAGGAGACGUUUUCCGCAACCUUACAAAUUUACGGAGAUUGUAUCUCAAUGGCAAUCAGAUAGAGCGUCUGAGCCCAGAAAUGUUUGCUGGCCUCCACAACUUGCAGUAUCUGUAUUUGGAAUACAAUGUUAUCAAAGAGAUCCUAGCAGGCACCUUUGACUUAAUGCCCAAUUUGCAGUUGCUCUACCUGAACAACAAUCUCCUCCGAAGCUUGCCAGCGUACAUUUUUGCUGGUGCACCACUUGCUAGACUGAAUCUGAGGAACAAUCACUUCAUGUAUUUACCUGUAAGUGGUGUUCUCGAUCAGCUAAAAUCUCUUACACAAAUAGAUUUGGAAGGUAAUCCGUGGGACUGCACUUGUGAUUUAGUUGCUUUAAAGCUGUGGCUCGAAAAGCUAAAUGAAGGUAUUGUGGUGAAGGAGUUGAAAUGUGAAACGCCUGUACAGUUUGCUAACAUAGAACUUAAGUCUCUGAAAAACGAGAUACUCUGCCCUAAACUAUUAAACAAGCCAUCUGCUCUGUUCACUAGCCCUAUGCCUGCUGUUACUUUUACAACACUGCCGGGACCGGUUCGGAGUCCUCCUGGUGGCCCAGUCCCAUUGUCCAUCCUCAUCUUAAGCAUAUUAGUUGUGCUGAUUUUAACGGUGUUCGUUGCUUUUUGUCUCCUCGUUUUUGUGCUUCGGCGCAACAAAAAACCAGCUGUAAAGCACGAAGGGAUUGGGAACCAGGAGUGCAGUUCUAUGCAGCUGCAGCUGAGAAAGCACGACCACAAGGCAAACAAAAAGGAUGGACUGGGUGCAGAGGCCUUCAUUCCUCAAACCAUUGAGCAGAUGAGCAAAAGUCACACCUGUGGCUUAAAGGAGUCUGAAACAGGCUUCACUUUUGCUGACCCACCAGGGCAAAAAGUCAUUCUGAGAAAUAUCAAUGACAAGGAGAAAGAUUUGUUGCAUGUGGAUACCAGAAAAAGACUUAGCACAAUUGAUGAACUGGAUGAGUUAUUCCCUGGGAGGGAUUCCAAUGUAUUUAUUCAGAAUUUUCUUGAAAGUAAAAAAGAAUACAACAGCAUAGGGGUCAGUGGCUUUGAAAUACGUUACCCAGAGAAACUACAAGACAAAAAAACCAAGAAAUCGUUAAUAGGUGGUAAUCAUAGUAAAAUUGUAGUAGAACAAAGAAAAAGUGAAUAUUUUGAACUAAAAGCUAAACUUCAAGGUUCACCUGACUACCUACAAGUCCUUGAAGAACAAACAGCUUUGAAUAAAAUAUAGGUCAUACAAUCUUAUUGCCUACAGAGGACAUUUAUUUAAUGAUGAAAGUGCCUUUUGUUGACUUUUAACUUCCAAAUACUAUAUUAUAUUGGUAGGCAUAGAGGCAGGUGUAUCCAGGGGUGUCUGAUUAACUGUAGCUGCGUAUGAUUUGUCGAGUAGAGGAGAAUUUCCUUAAUAGAUUUUACUACAUAAAGCUCAUGCCCAGUGGAAUCCUGUAGGGAUACUGCAAACUCUAUUGCCAAAGGGAUGCUUUAUACACGUUACACUGAAUUUAACCUCAAGAGGCAUAUAUGUUUUGUAUCUUAAAUGCAAACCAUCGUCUCCUUGUGAUUUGUUAGAACAAACACAAGAAACCUGGUACUGAUAUCUGUACCUCAGCUGGGUCCUUCAUCCUGCACGUGGAUUUAAGUUGGUGGAACUGGAGUAAUCCUUUGAUUUGUGGUGUUGUAAUGGCACUGUUUAAAGCUUAUCUGGAAAGUAACAAGCAUGCAAAGAGAGAACAUUCAAUAGUAUGUGUAAAUUGGUUACAUUUACGGGCUGCAUCUUGAAACCACUGGAAUUAUAAUGUUAAAUUGUGCAAAUAUUUGUUUAAAAUAUACCAUGCAUUACAUACCUAUGGAAUAAAUUUGACCACUUGAAGCAUACACGUCUAUACAGAAAAUUAUAAAAAAAAAAAAAAAAAAAAAGAAAGAAAAUAGUUUAACCUGACUUCUGCAGUAUUUGUGACAUCUGAAGAAAAUAUUUGAUAUUUAUGCAGAAUCUGUUCUAAGACUCAUCUCCAACUAAAACUAGAGGUCCUUCUCAGUUAUGUGAAACUCUUGCAACCCAACAGGUUGUCCAAAAUUGUCAAAGUGCUUACUGUGUGAGCGUAGCAGAAAUUAUUUUUGUAAUAUAAUUCAUAUUUAUGAAAUACUUUGUAUACUAAAUAGGAAAGAAUAUGUACUCCUUAAUAUGUAUUUAAUAUGCCUGACUUGUUUUCCUGAUCACACUGCAUUAAUCAUUCAGUAUAAAUAAAACCAGAACAAUAUACCAAACAGCAACCGGGGAUGUAAUGUAUAGCAUUAUCCAGAAUUAAGUGAUCAGAUAUAAUAAUAAUAAUAAAAAGAAU